UUGUGAAAAAUGUCUAUUGUGAGUCCGGUUUUCCAUGUGGAUUAUGGAUCAUCAUAGCUCUAUGAUGUGGAUCUGUGACCGCGGCUCUGCCCAAACUCUUUUGCACUGAGCUCACUUCCGGGUGUGUCCAGAGUCACGUGACCGUGGACAUAAACCUAAACCGCCUCUGCGCUUCAGACCUGGAUUGUACUUGGAGCGCACUUCCUCCGCAGAACCGCUGAGUCCAGGACCGAGUCUGUUCUGUCUCCGGGAGUAAGAGCCCUGCCUCUCGCUCCGUGCCGCGCCCCGCCGCAGUCCCCGGAGCUGCUGACAUGGAGUUGAGAUAACGCUCCUCCUGCCGCUCCUCCUGCCGCUCCUCCUGCCGCUCCUCCUGCCGCUCCUCCUGCUGCUCCUGUGUCCGGACUCGACAUGCGGCAGCGGUAACGCGGCAGAGACAUGACCGCCGCUCUGCCGCUCCUCCUGACGCUGAUUGUUUCUGCGCUCACUGACGCGCGGUCUCUGCGCACCCGGAGCUCUGCGGAAAGUCUGAGCGCGGCAGAAGCGGUACAAGGUUUGAAUCGGCGCUUCCUGGUGGACACAACACGACCUUUUGCUCUCGUCAACGGAGAAAGAACCAGCCUCAGAAUUGCUCUACAGGAUGGGCAUCCAGAGCAGUUGCAGUGUGGUCUGGAGUUUGGGGGAAGGCUCCUUAUUCUGGAGCUGGAGAAAAACCAUCUUCUUCUGCCCAAACAGCCUUCUGUGUUCUACUACCUCCCCAACGGGACAGGGCUGUCCCUGCAGGAGCACCCCGUGUUUCAGACACACUGCUUUUACCAUGGCAGAGUCCGGGGCCUCCCUGAGUCCAGAGCUGCCCUCAGCACCUGCUCCGGCCUUAGGGGGGUGAUCAUUCUGAAUGCAACGCUGAGUCUGGAGCUGCAGCCUGAGGAGCAGGAAACAGGAAGUAAGGUGCUGGAAACAGGAAGUUGCAAGGAACCUGAUGUGCUGCACCUGCUGUUCUCCUCAGGACCAGCAGAAGGUGCUAGAGAGACCAGCUGUGGAGUCACUCACACUGCACCCCCCACAUCCCCACAACAACACCACCGGAGGAGGAGGGACGUUCUGACAGAGACCAAGUACAUUGAGCUGGUUCUGGUUGUGGAUCAUCAGGAGUUUCUCAACUAUCAGAAGAACAACAAGACCAUCAUCUACCGCAUGCUGGAUGUGGCCAACCAGGUCGACUGGUUUUACAGACCUCUGAACGUGCGUGUAGCCCUCACUGGUCUGGAGAUUUGGAGUGACAGAGACAAAAUCCACAUCGAGAAGAAUCCCACUGAAACGCUCCACAACUUCCUCCAGUGGAGAUCUAGAGACCUGUUGCCUCGUAUACGGCACGACAAUGCCCAGCUCAUCAUGGGCGGCUCGUUCGAUGGCACCACGGUGGGGAUGGCGUCUCAGAGCUCCAUGUGUUCCAGAGAUCGCUCUGGAGGAGUUAACGUGGACCAUUUGGUGAGUGUUCUGGGCGUGGCCUCCACAGUGGCUCAUGAGCUCGGACACAACCUCGGGAUGAGCCACGACUCUGCAGAACGCCGCUGUCAGUGUGACAGCGAGGGGCAGAGCCACAGCUGCAUCAUGGAGCCCUCCACCGGGCUCCUCCCAGGUCAGAGCUUCAGCAGCUGCAGCCUGGAGGACCUGAGCUUCAGCCUGCUCCAUGGGGCAGGCAUGUGUCUGUUUAACGUGCCGAGCCCUGAGAGCCUUUUGGGGGGGCCGCGCUGUGGGAACCUGUACUUGGAACCUGGAGAGGAGUGUGACUGUGGCCUCCUGCAGGAGUGCCUGGACCCCUGCUGUAACGCCUCCACGUGUCGCCUGGUCUCUGGAGCUCAGUGUUCGUCUAAUGGCGUCUGCUGCUCUGACUGUCAGCUGCGUGCGGCCGGCUAUGUCUGCAGACUGCCCCUGGGCGAGUGUGACCUCCCUGAGUUCUGCAGCGGCACGUCUCCUCACUGUCCCCCCAACGUUUACCUCCAGAACGGAGAGCCCUGCCUCCAGGGGGCGUCCUACUGCUACGGAGGAGUCUGUGCCACUCUGGACCAGCAGUGCCAGAUCCUCUGGGGCCCCAAUUCGACGCGGGCUCCAGACGUGUGUUUCUCAUCGGUGAAUAAACAGGGAAAUCAAUUUGGAAAUUGCGGCCAACUCAGUAACGGCUCCUACCUACCCUGCCCUGACCAGGACGUGCUGUGUGGGCGUGUGCAGUGUCGCGGAGGAACACAGAGGCCCCUCCUGAGCUCUGCAGAGAUCCUGACCACCACAGUGCACUCAGACCUGGACGAGGAUCUAGACCUGGUGUGUAGAGGGACCUACCUCCACCUGGGACAAGAUGUCUCUGACCCUGCCUCUGUGUCCCCAGGGACCCGCUGUGGACCAGGCAAGGUGUGCCUGGAUCAGAGGUGUCAGGAGGACUCUGUGUUCAGGGUGGAGGAGUGCCGACAGAAGUGCCACGGUCACGGGGUGUGUAACAGUAAUGGAAACUGUCACUGUGACGAUGGCUGGGCUCCUCCAGACUGUGUGAGCUCAGGGACCGGAGGGAGCACCGACUCUGGGCCUACCAGGUCCACCAGAGACUCGUCUCCGGUCCGUGUGGCUCUCUUGGUCCUGUUCCUCUUGGUUCUCCCACUGUUGGUCUUGGUUCUGGUUUGGCCUCGAAUCCGAAGACUUCUACGACAUGGAGCCUUCCCCCAGAGCAAACUGCACCAGCACAGAACGCCGCGGGGUGACAGGAGGAACGUGGAGCAGGUCAUGCCGCUACGUUUUCAUGCACUGGCCCCACCACCUGGAGAGGAGAUCACAAUUCAGGCCCCGCCCCAUGCACAGGUCAAAGGGCGACCGGCGGCUCCCUGUAAGCCCCUUCCCCCUGACCCCGCCCAUGGCCACGCAUCUCAGACGCAGUCACAGCCCGCUGUGCCACUGAAGCCCCUCCCACUGCCUCAUCGUCACGGCAACAGCAUCACCCCUGAGGUCACAUUCAACAGACCUCCUCCUCUUCCUCCGAUCGCCUCCUCUCACAGCAGCAGAGCAUCUCAGAUGGAUCGACAUGCACCUUAAAGCACCAAGGUACAAAGGAUGCUGAAAAAUGGAGUUCUGCCAAAGAAUUUUUGCCUUUAACCAAUGAAACUCAGGAUUUAUCACGAGGACUGUUCAGCUAAUCAGAAUGCAGCAUGAACUGACGUCAGCCAAUCCGAGCACUGUAGCGGCUCAGUUAGUCCUGAUCAAGACCAACCUGCUGCUUAGUCCCAGUUUAGUCCUGGAUCAGACCCUGGUCCAGAGGAUGCACAGACUGUUCAACAUGAAGAGCUGCAGCUGUCAAUCAAACAUGUUCAGUAAUAAAAGUGUUUUGUAUCAAA